GUCAACUCGGAAGUUACGCACUCUAGAACGUAAAUAUCGAUAUGCUCUAGUCUCCGUUUGGGCCUAGUUUCCGGAAAGAAACUGUUGCUGCUGAAUCUGCGAGAUGAGUACUAUGUUCGCUGAUACUAUCCUUAUUGUCUUCAUUUCGGUCUGCACCGCUUUGUUAGCAGAGGGCAUAACAUGGAUUCUGGUGUAUAGAACAGAUAAGUAUAAAAGACUGAAAGCGGAAGUGGAGAAACAGAGUAAAAAAUUGGAAAAAAAGAAGGAAACAAUAACAGAAUCAGCUGGCCGACAGCAGAAAAAGAAAAUAGAGAGGCAAGAAGAGAAACUGAAGAACAACAAUAGAGAUCUGUCAAUGGUUCGCAUGAAGUCCAUGUUUGCCAUUGGUUUUUGUUUCACUGCUCUGAUGGGAAUGUUUAAUUCCAUAUUUGAUGGAAGAGUGGUUGCAAAACUUCCAUUCAUACCACUUUCCUACAUUCAGGGUUUGUCUCAUCGUAAUCUUCUGGGUGAAGAUUGCACAGAUUGUUCCUUCAUCUUUCUCUAUAUUCUCUGCACUAUGUCUAUUCGGCAGAAUAUUCAGAAGCUGUUGGGUCUGGCUCCUUCCCGAGCUGCCACCAAGCAAGCUGGAGGAUUCCUUGGCCCCCCACCUCAAGCUGGGAAGUUCUCCUGAAAUAAGAAAAAUAAUUUUAUCUCUCUUGCCAAUGAAAAUAUUUAAAAAAUAUUCAGAUUUUAUAGAAACGUUUCUAAAAAUAUUUUGGUACCCAAGAUAUCUAGUAACAUCUGUUUUAUGAAUUGAACCAUAUUGAAUAGAUAUCUUUGGUUGGCUCUCAGUUUCCAGGAUGGACGAAAAGUACUUUCAUGAAGAUUUUAAAAUCUAGAAAAGCUUGUAAGAAUACAUAUUGAACUUAAAGAUGGGAUGGUGAUUCACAUAAAGUUGGAGUUUUUUAAAGACAUGAUUCCACUCUUACUGAUAAACAAAGAAGAAUUUCCAUUAUCUCUAGCUAUUUGUCUUCCCUCUUGUUGCCAUUUUUCAAAUGUUAAUUUAGUCCAACAUUAACUGGAUUUCUCUAGGAAUUUAUAAGAAAUAUCAUACAUUAUCACAAUAUUUGAUAUUAAUGGAUAAUGGAGGCUUUAUUAAAUUAUGACAGAAAAUUUGUCAGGAGAUAAUUAACCUCCAUUAAUUAUUGUAAUUUUUAUUUAUUUUAUAGAAAUAAUCAACAAUUUUUUCCUCAGAGAAUAUUAUUUGUUGUUGAUUUGUUUUUUGUUCCACUGUCUCAAUGUGAAAGUGGCGAGGAGGAAGAAGUGGAGCAGUGUCAUAAAGGGAAAUGUGAUAUAUUUCAAUAAGUAUGCUUCACUCU